AUGGCUGAGAUGAACCUGCCCACGUAUGUGCUUUCCGCGGAUGAGUGUCCCCCAGACGACGACAGGCGGCAUGGCUGUGGUAUCUGCCAUCGGCGGUUCAACCGCCCCAGCAGCCUCCGGAUCCACAUGAACUCGCACACGGGCGACCAACCGUUCGAGUGCCCGUACCCGGGGUGCAGUCGCCGCUUCAGCGUAAACUCAAACAUGCGCCGUCACUACCGCAACCACCGCGAGGGCCACACGCUCACUCCCCCAACAUCGUACCAACCGCUCUACUACCAGGACGAGCAGCCACAGAUGCUCUACCGCAUGCACUCCUCCCCCGCCUCGUCCUCCUCGAUGUCGUCCUUCGGCGACAGCGACGACCGCAGCGAAACCCCCGCCAUCGCCCAUCGCGACGCGAGCAGGCCGUAUCCUGUCCCCCAGGGGCGCACGCGCUCGGUAUCAGAGGUGUACCCGCCCGCACAGUCCCGCCAGGGCGCGCGCUCCCGCGCGUGCACCGUCCCCGGGUGCAGCUGCGACGAGGCGCCUGCGGCGCUUCGCCCGGCGUUCCAGCAGGGAUCUGCCUCCCGCCCUGCGCCCCGAUCUCGCUGA